CAACUAUUUCCAUCCCUCCUCCUCCUCCUCCUCCUCCUCCUUUACUCUCCUCCUCCUCUUGUGUGUGUCAGACUCCCCGCCGUGCUGACUCCCGGCUCUACCGCCAACUGACCACCGACAGGAGAGGAGAGGAGAGGAGAGGAGGGGAACUCUGUGAUUGAGGAGCGAGGACUUAACGAGCGUCUGUGUGUUUAUGUGUGUGUGUGUGUGUGUGUGUGUGUGUGUGCAGACCAGACCGUGCACGGACUGAGGUCAAGGUGGGAGGUUGGGCUGUAUAUUGUUAGAUGGGAUGCUGCAGCCUGACAGCAAAUUUGUCGCCCGGUGUUGUUCCUGAGAGAGGACAGAGGACCUGGAUGUGAGCAGCUCUGCCAGCAGAGGGACUCGUGACCAUGACCGUGACCACCGGAGCAAGAUCAUGACUUCGCUCAACGAGUCAGACGAGACCUCCCGUCCCUCCUUCCCUCUCUCCUCCCUUGGGCACAAUUUCUCCCACUUUGUCACCCAUGACCCUUCCUACUCCCCUAUAUCCUUCCCCACCUCAUCCUCGUCUUCCUCGCUGACGCCCUCUAACUGCACCAGCUCUCCGUCAGCCUCCUCUCCUCCGUACAACUUCUACGCUGUGCUGCUGGUGCUCCUGAUCUUCUGCGUGGUGUUCGGUAACGUACUGGUGUGCGUGGCGGUGUCACGGGAGCGCGCUCUGCAGACCACCACCAACUACCUCAUCGUCUCAUUGGCUGUUUCCGACCUGCUGCUGGCCACGCUGGUCAUGCCCUGGGGCGUCUACCUGGAGGUGGUGGGAGAGUGGCACUUCAGUCUCAUCCACUGUGACAUCCUGCUCACCCUGGACGUCAUGAUGUGCACCGCCAGCAUCCUCAACCUCUGCGCCAUCAGCAUCGACAGAUACACAGCGGUGGCCAUGCCGAUGCUCUACAACACCAGAUACAGCUCCAGGAGGAGGGUGGCGGUGAUGAUUGCUGUGGUGUGGUUCCUCUCUUUUGCCAUCUCCUGCCCUUUGCUGUUUGGACUCAACAACACUGCCAGCCGGGAAGGCACCACAUGCAGCUUUGCUGAUCCGGCCUUCGUGGUGUACUCAUCCGUGGCCUCCUUCUACGUUCCCUUCAUUGUGACGUUGCUGGUGUAUGCGCAGAUCUGCGUGGUGCUGCGCAAGCGAGGCAGACGCACCGCCCCGCGGCGCAGACACGGCCUGCAUGCACAAGGCGGCGGGGCUGAGGCGGGAGAAGGUCAUCGACACAGGAAGCAAAUGUUGGCAUUGAUAGAUGUUGACCCUCUGGCCUGCACCAACAUUGAUUGUACCACCAUAAAAAAUAAGUGUACACAACCAGAGGAUGUGAAGUUGUGCACCCUGAUCCUGCGGCCCACCACCACUGGCCCACAGCGCAAGAAAGUGACCCUGGUGAAGGAGGCGGUGGUUCACCCCCUCGAAGUGGAGCCGGGUCAGUUCCUGCCGCAGACCGAGCAGAGCCUGGCUCCUCCUCCUGCUGCCCCCCAAACCGCCUCCCACUCGGGACGGGCCAGGAUCUCCCUGGCCAUCUCAGUCGGACCCGCACCGGUUCAUCCCUCCACCGUGACACGAUCGGCCCUGAUGCCUCGCCCCCCCACCCUCGAGGACGGCAUGAGGGGCCGUGAGGGAUGGAGGGAGCGCAGCGGAGGGAGAGAUAAAUGGGGGAUCACCAAGGAGAGGGUGAGAGGGAGGCUGUCGCAGCAGAAGGAGCGGAAGGCGACACAGAUGCUCGCUAUUGUGCUCGGUGUGUUCAUCAUCUGCUGGCUGCCUUUCUUCCUGACCCACGUGCUGAAGGCCCACUGCAGGAGCUGCUGUAUCACGCCGUCGCUGUACAGCGCCGUUACCUGGCUUGGAUACCUCAACAGCGCCGUCAACCCUGUCAUCUACACCACUUUCAACAUCGAGUUUCGCAAAGCCUUCAUCAAGAUCCUGCACUGCUGAGAGCUGGGGAGAAGAGGAGCGUCAACUGUCAAGAGACAAAAAAAAGAGAAAGCCUGACGUUGACUUGGAAUCAGAGGUGAGAGAGAAAGAAGUAGUUGUCAGUUUUGAUGCACAGGAAAAGGGGGAUGAGACAAUAGAUUGGCAACUGGUGAGUUAAGUGGUACAAGCAAGACGAGAGGAAUGUAAGUUAGCAGCUCAGAGAAGACUGACGAAUGGCAGAAAACACGGCAUACAGACGGAACGAAAACACUAAAAGAGAGUUUGUGACAAGUAAAAGACAGCUACAAGAACACAAACAAGACGGGAGAUGUUUAUGGAAAAGAAGACGUGCGCUGUGUUGUGUGCAUACAGUCUGAAAGGGGGAAUAUGUGAGAACUGAUCUCUCUGCAGCAUCCACACUGAAAGACUCCCUGAGGCGUGACUGUUUUCCCAAUACUCAAUAUGCUGUUGUAUUUUUCUUGUAAUCUUUGAACAAAGAGCAUCUCGUUAUUUGUCCGCGUACGCUCGUUUUUCUCAGAGGACUGGAAGAAAGUCGAGGCAAAGAGAAAGAAUUUAACCUAAAAGUCUCGUACAAAAGGUUUUUUGUUUGUCUCAUACCCAAGGCUCGAUCAGUAUUCACACAUUUUUCAAAACCACUGAAGUUAUAUCAAGGCAGAAUUAUUAAUUUGCUGAUUGAGCGGCACAUUUGAAAUCAGCAGUCAGUGAAGAGAGCUUUCAUCUGAUUUAAUGUGUACAUGUUUUGCUUUAAAUAAAUGUAAAUUUUGGUGUUGUAAAUAAUUUACUGGUUUAAGAAGAGGGAUUGCAAGUAUCGUACAAACCAUUGAUAAUAAUAGUAAUAAACAUUUUCUUUCAUUGAUUAUUUAGUUAACUUUGCUAUCUUUAUUCGUCCCAAAGGAGAUUUUUUUUCUACCCAA